UUCUUUGUAAGACAACCAGAAGACAGACUUGAUCCACAAUUAAUACAAAUCACAUUCAAGUUAUGAACACUCGUGCUGUUACGUACCCAUCCACGCUUUGACCUGGACCUACCCACCUAGUAUCAGUGGCUGGUAAUCGCUGCCAACGCCGCCCAAGUAUACUGUACACGUGAUCAGAAGCGAUCGUGAAGCAUAUUCACAUGCAUUUCACAAUGCGUCUCAAGUAUCUAACCAAAGAUGUCAUGGCCCUCAGUAUGGUAGCCAAGCUUUUGAAUGAUUAGCAGAACAAUCCAAUCAUAGUCAGCUUUGCCUGACUUCAGGCUUCAAAUCAUACCUCCAACUAUGUCAAUACCCGAGUCAAUAGUAACACUCUAUCUUCGAACACGACUAUGGCUAGGCAAAAAGCGCUAUGGCACCUUCACGCCGAAGGUAGUAAGAGUGAGCUCCAAGCGACUAAUCAAAGGACCAUGUUUCCCCGCCGAACUAGAAGGUCUAAGAUACGUCGCGCAACACACAUCCAUCCCCAUCCCAAAAGUUCACCGCACAUACCCAGCCACCGAGGGACGCAUCUACAUCGAAAUGGACUACAUCAAGGGCGAUACCCUCCAAGAAACAUGGCGCAACCCCAACUUUACAUCCACAAACAAACAAGCAGUGAUCAACGAAGUUGCUAGCUACAUCGAUCAACUCCGACAACUUACACCACCCCAGGAAGGUCUUGUAGCUUCCGCAGAACUAGGAGAAUGUUAUGACAUCCGAGUGGGAAGCUGGCCGUUUGGGCCAUUCAAAUCCAUUCACGAAUUCCAUGAGUUUCUGCGCGGGACGAUCCCCAUAGAAGAUACUACGAAAGUAUACGGCGAAGCUGUCACGAAGUGUCAUGAACGAUCUGGAUCUGGGUCAUACUAUCGGACGUGUUUCACGCAUGCGGAUAUCGCUAAACGGAAUAUCAUCAUUCGUGAUGGAAAGGUUGCUGGGAUCGUUGAUUGGCAGUUUUCUGGGUGGUUUCCGGAGUAUUGGGAGUAUACGAAGGCGUUUUAUACGCUUUAUGAUGUUCCGGAUUGGUAUGGUGGGUUGAAGAAGGUGAUGAGGAGGUAUGAUGAUGAAUUAGAGGCGGAGAGGGUGCUUUGGGAGAGGUUUGAUCAGCCGGGGGAUCUUCUUAGGACUAGGUAUUAUGGUGGUAGUAAUUAAUAUGGGUAGGUGGAUGUGUUCUCUCUUCCUUUAUUUUCUUCGGUUUCUUUUCGUUCUUUUUGCUACGCUGGUUAAU